UUCCACUAACUCAUCUUCUUCUCUUCCACACAUAACACAUUACCCACCCUUCAUAUUCUGGUGCUACACAACACAAUGUAUGUCCCUCUCAUGCUAGUUGAGCUGCUGAGUUCGGGGCUGAAAAGAUCGCAACUCCACAUAUCACCAUGUCUGACUAAAAACAUCACUUUGAACCUGCUGCCGAUGCCGGAGUAUCCAAAAACCUACCCUCUACAGGCUGGUAACAUUCGCAGGAACGGUUACAUCGUCAUUGAGUCCAGGCCUUGCAAGGUUCCUCAUGUGAAUCGUGCUGACGAUCGGUUGAUUGAUAUUUCUGAAGAUGGAUCUGAAUUAAAGUGAUAACGGAAGUGCAGAGUUAAGAACUUAUUUGUAUUUAAUCCUGAGUCAGAGACCUAUGUGACAGCGAGAUGCAGAGUGAGGAAGCAAAAUGACUAUUUGCUCUUAUAUCUGUUGAGGGAUGAGGACACUACCAUGUCCUAAAAACUGAGAUUAUGUUUUAUGUAAGGUUGCUUUCGAAGAUAACAAUAGUUUUCUGCCUUGUUUUCCCUACAUGAAGAAAGUCAAAUAUUUCACAUUAAAUUCUACUUAAGGAAUGACUAUAAUAUUUUUCUUUUGACUUUUACAUUAUGUUUUAUGCAAGGUUGUUUUCGAAGAUAACAAUAGUUUUCUACCAUGUUUUCCUGGCUUGAAGAAAGUCAAAUAUUUCACAUUAAAUUCUACCAACGGAAUGAUUGUAACAUUUUUCUUUUGACUUUUACUGAAACCUCUAUUUUACAUUAAUUCGAGUUUUCAUUAGCACAUAAGUAAAAAUAAGAUGACAUUGGGUGCAUUUUCUAAAAUGUAUUUUUCUCAAGUCCAACUGCUGAUGUGAAGACUGAAGAGUGAAGACAAACAAGUCCACAACAAGAGACAGGGACAAAUUAUUAUGAUAUUGUAAGAGUAGUGGAGCAUUUAUUAACUUACUUGAGUGUUUCUUUCAGGUGAGUCUGUUGACCGAUAAUGGAAGUACCAAAGAUACUCUAGUAUUGGGUUUUGUAAAUUUGUUAUGAAUUUAUGCCACAUAUAUAUUGUGUCUGUAAUUUAAUUUCUUGCAUACCUUCAUAGAUUAAAGAAGAAUUUGCUGAAGGAAAAGAUCUUAUGGUUGGUGUCGUAUCUGCCAUGGUCCUAAAAAUUGAAAUGGUUCUCUGGCCUUGGGAGAAGAGCAGAUGUAUAUUAUUUUUAAUGUGCUGUCAGUAGUAAUUUUUCGAACGUGUACACAAUAAACUUGUCACCAUGGACUCUAGAGUUUGAACCUCGUAAAACUUGUGGGUGGAGAAGAGUGUAGGAAAAUUUAGACAUAGAAUUAUUAUAAGGUACAUAAAUAACAAAAAAUAUUAACAUUAAUG